UAAACCCCAGCAACCCACGUUCAGCCCAGCCAUGGUUGCCGAUAAUAGAGGAUGCUGCCCUCUUUUCUGCUUUUAUUUCUGGAUCGAAUAAAUAGGUUUUGAUGCACCAUCGCCAUGGGUCUCAGGACUAUCCAGGUGUUAGGAUUUUCUCCAACUGUCAGUGCUGAAGAUGUCAAGGAUUUGUUGGAAAAAAUUGUUGGUUCUGGUAAAGUCUGUGCAGUCAAGCUCAGGCCUCCAAAAAAUAUCUCUGCAACCUCAAGAUCAUUUGCGUUUGUUCAGUUCGAUUCCGAGGCAGAUGCUUCAAAGGUGGACGAUGUGGCUCGAAGGAGUGGACUUAUGAGUGGAAUCUAUUAUCUGAAGGUUCGUCCUGCUGAACGUGACAUUAUUCCAAGGCCAAGAACUGCGAUGUUUAAUCUGCAGGAUGCAACACUGCAUUUUGGCUGCCUUCUCAAGGAAAGAGUUCUAUCUGUUCUGUGGAGCAGCAGAGAUGUCUCUGUUGAGUUUGGUUUUGCUAUGAAGAAGAUUUAUUUUUACCUCGACUACAACUCGAAGAGAUAUAAACUUGAACUUUCCUAUGAGAGCAUAUGGGAGAUUCAGCUUCACCGUCCACCUGGGUCACAAAAAAAGUUCCUUUUGAUUCAGGUUCAGGCUGCUCCUAAAAUUUACGAACCAAACCUUCGCCGUUCUGGCUCUAUGUUUGAAGAUCCGUUAUUCAACUACUCCAGGGAUGAUUCAGAUGACCAAUGGACCAGAACAACUGAGUUUACUCCAUCAGCCAGCAUUGGGCAAUCAUAUAUCCUAUGUCUGGAGCUAUCACGUCAUUGUGAUCUCCCGAAUAUUCGAGAGUACUUUGUUUACUAUGAAGAACAUAAUCAUGUUUUUCAUUGCCAGGGUGGACAUUCAUAUUCUCAAGGUACUUGCUUUGUUCCAAUUGUGAAACCUCAUCGUUACAUUGAUGUGCCCUAUGAGAUACUCUUCAAGAUCAACCAUUUGGUUCAGAAUGGGACUCUUAGUGGGCCAACACUUGAUGAAAACUUCUUCCGUUUGGUCAGCCCUGGAUUUGUACAUAUUGACCAUAUAAAGCGUGCACUUGAAAAGAUGUCAUACCAGAAAAAAACUGUUCUGAAUCCAACAAAUUGGUUAUCUGAAUACUAUACAGUAAUCAAGAGAUCACGAUACGUGUCAACAUCGCCAAACAUAUCUCUGGAUGAUGAGGGACUGGUUUAUGUAUACAGGGUGCAAGUUACCCCUGCGAAAGUGUACUUUUAUGGUCCUGAGAUUAAUGUCUCGAACCGUGUUGUACGGCACUAUGCUGCUGACUUAGAUAACUUCCUUCGGAUUUCAUUUGUUGAUGAGGACUGUGAGAAGCUCCGUUCAACUGAUUUAUCACCACGCUCUGCUCCAGGAAAUAACACAAGGAGAACUGCUCUGUAUAACAGAGUUCUUUCAGUCCUUUCAAAUGGCAUCACUAUCGGUGACAAGCAUUUUGAGUUCCUAGCCUUUUCUUCAAGCCAGCUCAGAGAUAACUCUGCAUGGAUGUUUGCUUCUCGGCCAGGUUUAUCUGCCAGUGACAUCAGGGAGUGGAUGGGAAACUUCCGUAAUAUUAGAAAUGUUGCAAAGUAUGCUGCAAGGCUUGGUCAGUCUUUUAGUUCCUCAACAGAAACCUUGAAAGUGCAUAAGUAUGAGGUGGAAGAAAUUCCAGAUAUAACAAACGGUACGAAGUAUGUAUUUUCUGAUGGAAUUGGGACCAUUUCAGCUGAUUUUGCAGACGAAGUGUCUAUGAAGUGCAAAUUGAAUCGCUUUACGCCCUCUGCUUUCCAAAUAAGGUAUGGAGGUUAUAAAGGUGUUGUUGCCAUUGAUCCAAGAUCUUCCUGGAAACUUUCUUUAAGAAGAAGCAUGUCAAAGUUUCAAUCAGACAACAUCAAACUAGAUGUCCUUGCAUACAGUAAGUACCAGCCAUGCUUCCUCAAUAGGCAGUUAAUCACUCUUCUUUCAACACUAGGAGUCAGAGACAACAUAUUUGAACUGAAGCAACAGGAAGCUGUGAAGCAGUUGAACAGGAUUGUAACGGAACCACAAGCUGCUAUUGAAGCAAUUGAACUAAUGCCAAUGGGAGAAAUUACAAAUAUUGUUAAAGAAAUGCUGUUAUGUGGCUACCAGCCUGAUCUUGAACCCUAUCUUCGUAUGCUGCUAGAAACGUUUAGAGCAUCAAAGUUGCUAGAAUUGAAAACGAAGUCAAGGAUAUUUAUCCCAAUGGGUCGAUCAAUGAUGGGAUGCUUGGAUGAAACCCGAACACUCAAUUAUGGAGAAGUAUUCAUUCAAGCUUCUAAUAGUGCAAAUGACCGUGGAAAGUUCGUUGUAACUGGAAAAGUUGUUGUUGCCAAAAAUCCUUGCCUCCACCCGGGUGAUAUCCGUAUCCUUAAGGCUGUUUAUCAUCCUGCUCUGGACCAUAUGGUUAACUGUGUUGUCUUUCCGCAGCGGGGGCCAAGGCCUCAUCCUAAUGAGUGUUCAGGGAGUGAUCUUGACGGGGACAUAUAUUUUGUUUCAUGGGAUCCAGAUCUCAUCCCAACUCGUAUGGUGCAGCCAAUGGACUACACUCCAGCACCAACAGAAACGUUAGAUCAUGAUGUUAUGAUGGAGGAAGUACACGAGUAUUUCGCAAAUUACAUAGUUAAUGAGAGUCUGGGAAUCAUUGCCAACGCGCACGUAGUCCAUGCGGAUAGGGAAUAUCUCAAGGCCGAAAGUGGACCGUGCAUUAAGCUUGCCGAGCUCUUCUCUAUUGCUGUUGAUUACCCAAAGACAGGAGUGCCAGCUCAAAUUCCGUCCGAACUCCAUGUGAGGGAGUAUCCAGAUUUCAUGGAGAAGCUUGACAGAUCUACCUAUGUAUCCAAGGGAGUAAUAGGGAAGCUGUAUAGAGAAAUAAAGAAGCAGAACCCUCAUGUAGGGCACUUCACAAAGGACGUGGCAAGGCGGUCCUAUGACACUGAUUUGAUUGUAGAUGGUUACGAAGCUUACCUCAAAGAAGCUUUUUCGUGCAAGGAAGAGUAUGACUUCAAGUUGGGUAAUCUGAUGGAGCACUACGGAAUAAAAAGCGAGGCUGAGAUAAUAAGUGGAUGCAUUCUUAAGAUGGCAAAGAAUUUUACCAAGAGCAGUGACGCUGCCGAUGCUAUCAGACAUGCUGUGAAACUUUUGAGGAAAGAAGCAAGAUCAUGGUUCAGUGAUGAGAAUGGAGAUGGAGACGGUCAGGAUGCCUCGUAUGCCAAGGCGUCCGCUUGGUAUCAUGUCACCUAUCACCCGGAGUUUUGGGGCGUUUACAAUGAGGGAUAUGAUCACCGGACCCACCACCUCAUCAGCUUCCCAUGGUGUGUCUAUGACAAGCUCCUGCGCAUCAAGCAGAGGAAAAAUCUUCUCAGGAAACUGCAGCCUGAUAUGUUCGCUCUCCAGAAUAGCAUGAGCCGGAACACGAUAUUCGGUUGAGUGCUGCCAUCAGUUUGCUCCUGUACAGAGAUUUGAACAUUUCGAUUCUCGAUAUCGGUUGAGUGGUAUCAUCAGGUUCCUGUUGCUUUUAUUAUACAGACUUGAGCAUUUUGAUUCUUGUUGCAAUUAUAUUUGGUAAACAUCAGACAUCUGGGUGAUGUAAAUGUCAUAGAUGUGUCAAAUAACCUUUGGUCUUGGAUUUA